AUGGCGGAACCCAUCGCCAUAGUUGGCAUGGCCAUGCGACUUCCAGGAAACGUCCGUACCGGCAACGAAUUCUGGCGGAUGCUGGUUGAAAAGCGGAAUGGGCUGUGCGACGUGCCUCAAGAUCGAUACAACGUCAAUGGUUUUCACGACCCAUCAGGCAAGCCCUCAACGUUCCGCAUGAACAAAGGCUACUUCCUGCAAGACGUUGAUAUUGCCCAAUUUGAUACCUCCUUCUUCUCGUUGUCCAAAGCGGAGCUAGAGCGUCUCGACCCACAGCAACGGCAACUUCUCGAGGUUGCAUACGAAUGCAUGGAAGAUGCAGGCGCGACCUCGUGGCGAGGUAGCAAUACAGGUUGCUAUGUCGGUGUAUUUGGCGACGAUUGGCAGGACCUCAACGCCAAGGAAACCCUCCACAAGGGUGGAUAUCGGGUUACAGGAUACGACGAUUUUGUUCUAGGAAACCGAAUCUCGUACGAAUUCGACCUACACGGCCCCAGCAUGACCGUCAAGACCGGAUGCUCGUCAUCUCUAGUGUGUUUAGACAUGGCUUGCGAGGCAAUACGGAAAGGCGACUGCGACGGCUCGUUGGUUUGCGGUACAGGGUUAAUAUUUUCUCCAACUAUGACGCUCGCGCUUAGCGACCAAGGCGUGCUCUCCCCUUCAGGCAUUUGCAAGACAUUUGAUGCCUCUGCAGAUGGAUACGGACGUGGCGAGGCUGUCAACGCCAUUUACAUCAAAAGACUGAGCCAGGCUAUCGAAGAUGGCGAUUCGAUCCGAGCGGUCGUUCGCGGAACUAGUGUGAAUUGCGACGGGCGCACGCAGGCCAUGCUGACGCCCAGCCCGACAGCCCAGGAGUCGCUCAUCCGCCGUGCAUACGAGCAGGCAGGGAUCCAGGACAUGUCGCGGACUGCCAUGGUGGAGUGCCAUGGCACAGGAACCAGUGUCGGCGACCCGCUGGAAGCCACCGCGGUCGCCAACUGCUUUGGGGAUCAGGGAGUAUACAUUACUUCUGUCAAACCCAAUGUCGGGCAUUCAGAAGGAGCCGCGGGUCUCACUAGUCUCAUCAAGGCUGUCCUGGCAAUUGAGCACCGCCUAAUACCGCCGAAUAUUUUCUUCAAGUCGCCCAACCCAGCCAUCCCCUUCUCGAGAUGCAAACUGCGCGUCCCCGUCGAGACAGAGGAAUGGCCAGCAGGCCGUGCUGAGCGAGUGAGCGUCAACUCAUUCGGAAUCGGCGGCGUCAAUGCUCACGUGAUUGUCGAAUCCCUGCAAGAGUACCAUAAUCACGACCAGUUAUCGCCCAACGGUUCCAUCAGUUCUGCGUCUCCGGCCGGCGACAUGACGCCGACAGACAGCGAUAGUCUCGAGGAUGUCGGCAGUAGUGAGUCCGGCUCAGUCGACGUUUUUCCAAAUAGCAACGACGUCCAAAGCAAUGGCCACUCCGACCCCGACGAACCAAUGGGACACAAAGGCAGCGGGUCUAAGCUGCAGGGCCAUGAAACGCGCUCAACUGAUUCUUCAAUAACUCGAAGCCAGAAUGGCUAUGGUCUCAGCCAAGUCGAGUAUCCGGAGCGCCCGCACCUCCUCCUAUUCUCGGCCAACAGCGAACCGGGUCUUAAAGAUGUGAUCAAGACUUAUCAGGAAUUCCUUCCCACAAGCCAUCCCUCUCUGACAGAUGUAGCCUACACCCUGGCUCUUCGACGAGAUCACAAGACCCACCGCGCCUUUGCGAUCGCUGGGAGCAAGUCGUCACUGGAGCUGUCGCAGCUGGAGACGGUCAAAGCACCGCCAAGGAUUGCAUGGAUUUUUACCGGGCAAGGUGCACAAUGGCCACAAAUGGGAGCGGAUCUCAUCGACACCAACGCUGUAUUCCAGGGGACGAUCCGCGGCCUGGACGCUUUCUUGGCCGGACUACCCAGCCCUCCGCCUUGGACCAUUGAGGAUGAGCUGCGAAAGACGGCUGAGAACAGUCGUGUUCAGAAGGCGGAAUUCGGCCAUCCCCUAUCCAUAGCCGUUCAAAUUGGCCUCAUCGACGUUUUGAAGUCGUGGGGUCUCAGGCCAGAUUCGGUGCUUGGCCAUUCUUCAGGCGAGAUGGCCGCUGCAUAUGCCAGCGGCUCCAUCACUGCCAAAGCCGCCAUGGCAGCUGCCACGUUCCGCGGCACCACCAGCACCGGCGGCACAGCUGAGAAACGAGGUUCAAUGGCGGCUAUUGGUCUUGGCGCGCAUGAAAUGGCACCCUAUAUGGAGCCUGGUGUUGUGAUCGCCUGUGAGAAUAGCCAGUGCAGUGUCACCAUUUCUGGAGAUUCUGAGCAGGUUGAAAAGGUGGUUCAAAGCGUGAAGGCCCAGCGAGAGGGUGUCCUGGCGCGGUUUUUGCGUGUUGAGAAGGCCUUCCACUCCCACCAUAUGCUCGAGUACGGGCCUCUGUACGAGGAGCACUUGCAGCCGUUCGUCAACAGUAGCUCUCCGAUAAUACCAUUCUACUCAUCUGUUACCGGUAAGAGGUUGGCUGACGAUGGCUGCCUUGGACCCGCCUACUGGCGCAGGAACAUGGAGAGCCCAGUCUUGUUUAACACUGCCCUGCGAUCCGCCAUGAGUGCGCAGGAGGGUCGUCUUGUGCUCAUUGAGAUUGGACCUCACCCAGCCCUCAAAGGCCCUGUCGGUCAAAUUUUGCGAGACAUGGGACGUUCGGCAGACGUUCACGUUGGAACGUUGCAUCGUGACAAGGGCUGCGACGAGAGUCUGCUCCAGCUUGCUGGCAAGCUGUUCCAGCAAGACGUCCCUGUGGACUUCUCGCAUGUGCUGUUGCCAAGUGGCCGCCAUGUUGCAAACCUGCCUCGGUACCCAUGGAAGCGAGACAACAGUUACUGGGCCGAGUCGCGCAUGACGCGGGAGUGGAGGUUCCGGGAGCAUGGCCCCCACGAGCUACUUGGAUCUCGUGUUAUCGAGGUCUCCAACGAGCCAUGUUGGAGAACUAAACUUGCCCUCGAUGAUGUCUCCUGGCUUUCUGGCCAUGAGGUGGGUGGCCAAGUCAUUUUCCCCGGUGCGGGCUACAUCUCCAUGGUAGGUGAAGCUAUUCGACAGCUCCAUGGCGAAUUGGCGUACGGCCUCAAGAAUGUCAGCAUAAAAGCCGGCUUGGUUCUGGAACACGGCAAAACGGUUGAGAUUGUGACAAAUUUGUCUGCGGUUGCCACAGACUCGUCUGACGAAGCGUCAUGGUAUACGUUUAGCAUCAGCUCCUACGACGGCACGAAAUGGGUCAAGCAUUGCGUCGGUGAAGCAAGGCCGUCUGUCGACAAGGCAGUGCAACUCAGCGUUCAGUCACCCAAAGAUUUGGCCAGAACCGUCGAUGGUGAUGAGUGGUACAACAUACUCAAUCGUGUUGGGUUCAACUACACAGGCCUGUUUCGUGGCCUGCACGGUAUUACUGCGGAGCCGGGAGACAAUCGGUCGGCAGCGUCUGUGCCGUCGCUGGGUCCAUCGCACACCGGGAAGUUCGCGAUGCAUCCCGCCGUCAUGGAUCAAUGCUUUCAGCUCUUCACCGUUGCCGCAUACCGCGGGCUGGGCAGGAACUGUAAGAACAUUGCUGUCCCAACUUUUAUCGAAGAGAUCAUUGUGCGUCCCACGACACAUGAUCUGCGCGUUGGGGCAACCAUCCACACUCUGGAGCGCGGCUCAUUCGUGGGUGAUCUUGUCGCCGAACAGUCUGGCCAGUUGCAGCUCUCACUCAAAGGGUUCAAGGCAUCUGCAUUGACAAGAAGUGAUGAUGAAGAUGAGAGAUUGCCCUUGAUCACUCGCUUGGAAUGGAGACCCCACGCUCACUUCGUGUCGUUGGCGGAUCACUUGCAUCCUCGACCGCACAUCCCCCGGGAAUGGCCUCUUUUCGAAGAGAUGAUGCUUCUAUGCGCCAUUGAUCACCUCGAAACCAUAAAACUGACCGAGGAGACCCAACCGCAUCUGCGCAAGUUCUUUUCGUGGAUGCAAGAUCAAGUCGACAAGUACCAGUCUGGGGACAACCUGUUUAUUGCGAAUGACCGAGGGUUGUUGGAGCUCACCAAGGCUCAACGACUUGCACGAAUUGCAGACAUUGCCGCGGAUGGCGAAAAGUCUCAGUACCCAGCCUUUGGCAUCGCUAUCCACCGGCUCUUCCAAGCGGCCGAGUCAAUUUUCAGUGGCGAGACACAUCCGUUGCAUGUUCUAAUGAAGGACGACGUUCUCACGCAGUUCUAUGCUGUUGGCGACGAGCUCAAUUACGCCAGUGCCCUGCGCGUCUUGGGGCACACCAACCCCAGACUGAGGAUCCUUGAAGUUGGUGCAGGCACCGGCGGUACGACGGUCAAGGUUCUCAAGGCGCUCACGUCGUCCUCUGGGGAGAGAUUGUACAGCAGCUACACCUACACUGACAUCUCUGCUGGCUUCAUGGCCUCGGCAAAGGAGCGCUUCGCUGGAGCUGACGGCCUGCAAUAUGCCACUCUAGACAUCUCACAGAACCCAUCAGAACAAGGCUACCAGAUGGGAAGCUACGAUUUGAUCAUCGGUUCAAAUGUUGUUCACGCCACCCCUCACCUGAAUGUCUCUCUUUCCCACCUCCGUAGCUUGCUGAGCCCCGGUGGGAAGCUCUUCUUACAGGAGCUAUGCCCUGAUGCGAAAUAUGUCAACUAUGUUAUGGGUUUCUUGCCCGGCUGGUGGCUGGGUGAAAGUGACAACAGACCCGAUGAGCCGUAUAUCUCCCCAGAAAGAUGGGCCGAAGAGAUGUUAGCGGCCGGCUUUGCCAAACCGGAGGCUAUGGUGGUCGACGGUGCCACGCCUUAUCAGCAGAGCGCAGGUAUCAUAGCCUCGCCAGCCUAUGAGACACCAAGACCCCCGAAAGUAUCGUUGCUUUCUCACAGCAUCGAUGGGGCGUACGUCACAGAAGCUAAGCUAGUUCUUGAAGACCUGGGGUUCACUGUUGAUGUCAUUACAUUUGGACAAGAGCUGCCGAGCCACGAUGUCAUCAGUUUGCUGGACCUUCAGACUUUCACUGUCCAUGAUCUUGAUGAUGCCUCGUUUCGGGCACUAGUCGCGCAGCUCCAAUCGCUUGACUUGGACUCCAAGAUAAUCUGGGCCACUCGCUCUGCGCAGGUCGCCUGUACGGACCCAAGGACUGCCAUGAGCCUUGGUCUUACCAGAACCGCUCGUAGCGAGCUGUCUACCAAGUUGUUCACGGUCGAGAUUGACGACAAGACCGACCGUUUGGUUGCUGCGAGAUGCCUCGCGGAUAUUCUGCUGAGACGUCAUAGCCCGCAAUUAGACGUGGAGUCCAUGGAUCCGGACUGGGAGUAUGCUAUCAUCGAUGGCCAGGUUCUCGUUCCAAGAAUGCACUGGCAGACCAUGGGAGAUGCCUUCGAGCAAAUCGACGACGAGAGUUCUCAGCCUACGGCCAAGCAGCUCACUGUCAAGACUCCGGGAUUGCUGCAUACUAUGGGCUGGAGCGAAUCCGAGCGUGUACCUCUCAAAGAGGGACAGGUAACGGUUCAAACGAGAGCGAUUGGGCUUAACUUCAGAGAUGUUCUCAUCGCCCUCGGUAUUCUGGACAAUAGCACGCGCGAAAUCGGCCUCGAAGGCUCGGGCAUGGUGACUGAAGUAGGCCCCGGAGUUGAUAAGCUUCGGCCGGGUGAUCGUGUCAUAUACAUGUCAAGCGGCUGCUUCACUACGCACAUUACAUUGUCUCAAACGCUCUGCGUGAAGCUCGACGAUGGCUUGACCUUUGAACAAGGCGCGGCACUGCCCUGUGUCUAUGCUACAGCUGCAAUGGCUCUCGUGGACAAAGCCAACCUACAGCCGGGACAGACGAUUCUCAUUCACUCAGCCUGUGGUGGCGUUGGGCUUGCUGCGAUUCAGAUCGCUCAAAUGCUUGGUGCCGAGGUAUUCUGCACCGUGGGUAACGAAGACAAAGUCCGCUACCUCAUGGACAACCAUCACAUCCGGCGCAACCGCAUAUUUAACUCACGCGAUACAUCGUUUUUACGGGAUGUGAUGGCUGUGACAAGCAACAAAGGUGUUGACGUCGUGCUAAACUCUCUCUCGGGAGAACUUCUUCAUGCGUCGUGGCGAUGUGUCGCGGAGUUUGGAACCAUGAUCGAGAUUGGCAAGCGGGACUUCCGCCGCAGAGCCAAGCUCUCCAUGGAGGCAUUUGAGGCCAAUCGCACAUUUGUCGGUCUCGACCUUUGGCAGGUAUCUCAGGUUCGCCCCGAGCAAGUUGCAAGGCUCUUGGAGCGUUGCAUCAAGUGGAUGCAGGAGGGAUUGAUCAAGCCUGGCGUCAUCGCAAAGGUGUGGGAUGCCCAACAGGUUCAAGACGCGUUUCGCUUCAUGCAGGGUGGGCGGCACAUCGGCAAGAUCAUUGUUAGGAUGCCAGUGGAAUCCAGCGUUCUCGAGUCGACCAAGGAGCGCCCUUUGCCACACCUUCGCCCUGACCGGAGCUAUCUUCUCGUCGGUGGCUUGGGAGGCCUCGGUCGCUCUAUCGCAACUUGGAUGGUUGAGAAUGGCGCACGCCAUCUGGUCUUCCUCUCGCGGUCUGCUCAACCAGGCCCUCAUCUGGAAAGGUUCGUGGGUGAACUCACCGCCCAGGGAUGUGAAGUACAGCUGGUCUCAGGCAGCGUCAGCAGCUUGGACGACGUAAAGCAGGCGGUGAACAGUGCAUCGAAGCCGAUCGCCGGUGUCAUGAACUUCUCCAUGGUCUUGCGAGACAUUUCGCUGUCGGACAUGAGUUUUGCCGACUGGACGACUGCAGUCUCACCCAAGGUCGAGGGCACAUGGAACCUUCACCAUGCCAUCACGUCCGAGCUGGAUUUCUUCAUCUUGUGUUCCUCAUACAGUGGUAUUGUUGGUCAAUGGGGACAGGCGAACUAUGCCGCAGCCAACACCUUCCUGGACGCGUUCGUCCAAUAUCGUCACCACCAAGGAUUAGCGGCGUCCGUAAUCGACAUCGGCGUUAUGGGCGAAGUGGGAUUCGUGUCAAAGAACCAGGACAUCUUAGGCCUUUUCCAGAAAUCCGGCAUGCGAAUAUUAAAGGAGCAGGAUCUUCUUGAUGCCAUGAACUUGGCCAUUCUACGGUCCAAACCUGCUCAGACCCAAAAUCCUAAUGGGGGGUACGGCAGCCCUGGACAGAUUUUGCUUGGAUUGGUCACGAGUGUGCCUAUCGCCUCGCCCAACAACCGCGUCGUCUGGAAGAACGAUAUUCGCAUGAGCAUCUACCACAACAUCAAUGGCGGAAGGGACUCGGCAUCUGCGGUGGCGACGGAGCUUGACGACAUCACGACGCUGUUGAAGUCGGCUGCGUCCGACCCAUCGGUGCUUCAAGAUAAGGAGAGCACUGUCAUCAUUGCGACGGCCAUUGCGUCUGCGUUGGCCAAUUUUCUGAUCAAAGAAGACGGCAGCAUCAAAUUGGACGACUCUCCGGAACAUGCAGGCUUGGACUCUCUAGUCGCGAUGGAGCUUCGGAAUUGGAUACGGCAGAGAUUCGGGGUGGACACAACGGUGAUGACCAUUGUGCAGAGUACGUCGAUUAUGAGUUUGGGAGAUUAUAUUAGGGAAGCUCUGGUCAAGCGCUCACGGUGA